CUGCAGUCCACGCGGCUGCGCCGGCUACCUGUGGCUGUCAAGUCAGUCCGCCCACGUCUGCCUAGGCUGCGGGUUGGAAGGCUUGCCCCACCCAGGUAAGAGGAAAAGCAGCCGCGCAGCUUCUUUUGGUCUGACAUUCGGAGGCCCUCAUGAAAAGGCAGGGGCCCAGUUUAUCCCCUAUGGAACAGGAAAGGAUCUUGGCACUUCUAAGAGCAGAAGUGGAACGGUUAUCCAGCGAGCUGCAGGAGACAACCCAGGAGAAAGUCCAGGCCGCGACAUAUGGCCUGGCAGUGCUUGAGGAAAAUGCUGAUUUGAAACAGAAAUAUGGGGACUUGGAAACGGAGCUAGAGUCCCAUAGGCUGGAACUGCAUCAACUGAAAGAGGCAUUAGCAGAAUGUCAUAGCAACCAUAAGCGGGCCACAUUUGAUGGAGAGAACAGAGAAGAAUGCUUACUGCUAGAAACCGCUUCCAAGGAGGCAAAGCUGAUGGAGAGAAUUGAAGAGUUGCAGAACGACAUUAAACAAAUGAGAUUUCUUGUGACUAAUACAUCGGCAGAAAAUGAUCGCCUUUCUUCCAUAAUCCAGGAGCUGAGAAAGGAGUGCAAAUGUAUAGAAACUGAAAAGGCCCUACUGAAAGAUGAGGUCAAACAAUAUAAGAUGAAAGAAUUGCGUCAGCUGCAAGACACUGCAGAAUUGAAAGAAGAAAAUCUCUCCUUACAGAAGCAAAUUUCCUGUUUGAAGGAGACCCAGGCAGAAUAUGAAGGCUUAAGACGUGAAGUUCAGAGAAGAGAUGAAGAAAUUGAGCUUAGAAACAGUCGUCUGGCUGAAGUAACUCGACAGAAGGAGAUCUCUGAUCAUCAUCUAGAGGAGGCCUUGGAAACCCUCCAGAGUGAGCGAGAACAAAAAAAUGAGCUGCGCAGGGUGCUGUCUGGGUACAUCAACACCUAUGAUUCCUUAGGGACUCUGCCGACAAAUUUCGAUGACCUGAAUCAGUGUAAUGACGAUGGCCUGGGCAUUGGCUACAACAAUCAAACCUUCCGGAACCGCAGAGAAAACAUGAUGUCCAUGCCUCAGAAUAGCAACAGCUCCAGGCCCCAGCCUGGUUUAGUGUGUGAUCUUUUGAGUGAGCUCAGUUUAUCAGAGAUUCAGAAACUGAACCAGCAGCUUCUGCAGGUUGAUCAUGAAAAGUCAUCGCUAUUAAGUAGUAUAAAAGAGUUGCAGACACAGCUUGAUAGUACAAAGGAUGCGCUGUCCAAACAGCAAGCUCAAAAUAACUACCUUCUUGAGCAAAUCCAGGCUUUAAACAAACGGUACGGCAGUAACGAAUUGGGUUUGCUCUUUGGAAAAGAUGGAGAGAAGAGCAGUGGCAGUGAACUCCACAGUCUGGAACAUAAAUGUGCAGCGUCAAAUUGUUCCCAAGUAGCCAAGCUGAAGACGGAACUUCAGGAGCUGCAUCAGAAAUACCAGGAUUUUGAAGCCAAGUACAAGCAGGACAACGAGGCCUGGCAAGAAGAGUCUCAAAACCUAACGGAGAAGAUACGAUUCUGGGCCAAAUCAGGUAAGCAGAAGCAAGAGAUCAUUACUAAUCUAGAGAAUGAGCUUCAGGCUUCGAGGAAACGCUCAUCAGAAUUUCAGAGCAAACUGAGCCUAGCCCAGGAGGAGCUGCAGGUGAUUGCUGAAGAUCUGGCCAACAUGUACCGCCGAGUCUGUGUCUGCAACAACCUGUUACCUGAUCGUAGCCUGUUGGAUGGCUAUAAAGAUGGCCAAGGGGCCCCUGUCCAUACCUGCAAAAGGCAUGCCAAUGAUGUUGUGACCAAUGUGCGUAUGUGCCGAAGCCAGUCUAAUGAUCUCUUCGUGAAAGUCUUGUUCAGCCCUGAGACAAGCACCGUGAAAAGUGGCAGCAGCAACCAGUCUGUUAGUGAUUCUCCUUGUGAGUCUGAUGGAGAAGAGUAUGACAAGGAACCUGAGAGUCUUUCCAACCAAAUUUCCAUCAUUGGAAGCCAGGUGAAGCAACUCCAGACAGCCCUGGCGAUCUCAUUGCGCAACAAGUCUCUUGAAGCCAUGUCAACAGAGCUGAAGGAUAAAAACGCUCUUGUUGAUGAAAUAAUGAAAUUGAAGUCUUUGUUGAACACCCAAAGAGAGCAAAUAGCAACUCUGAGGACUGUCUUGAAGGCCAACAAGCAGGCUGCUGAAGGUGCCCUUUCCAAUAUGAAACGCAAAUAUGAAGAUGAGAAGCUUGUGGUGUCAGAAACCAUGAAUAAAUUAAGGCAUGAACUGAAAGUUCUGAAGGAGGAUGCUGCUACUUUUUCCUCCCUUCGGGUGGUGUUUGCCAGCAGGUGUGAUGAGUAUGUUUUGCAGCUUGGUGAAAUACAGCAACAGCUUGCUGCCGCAGAAGAUGAAAAGAAGACCUUGAAGUCUUUGCUGAGCCUAGCAAUUCAGCAGAAACGGGCACUGACUCAGCGCUUGGAGUCACUGGAAUCGCAGUCCACUGUGCCACUGAACAGCCGGGCAAAGCUUGUUUCUGACCCUAAAGGGAGACCAUUCAAAAGUAACUGGCGAUAAAUGAAUAACAUAAAGAAGGAAGGAUCCCCCCCGUUUUCCAGCAGAGGGGAAGCAACAGUGUUGACAAGCAAACGGAUCUGCACAAGAUGGGCAUUAACAUUGAGAUCAUCUAGCUUAUCAGCUUUAAAUGGUUGUCCAAGAGUGUUUUCUGUCUUUUGGGAAGAUAUUCAAUGUGUUAUUUCAGUUACAGUAAAAAUAUCUAGAAUUAUUUUGAAAAUGCAGGCCAUUUAGAAGUGAUGCUUGAGAUUACAUUGUGUUUAAGAGCUACGUUCUGCUGAGAUAUCAGUGGGCCUGCAAUUCCAGUUUCCAGUAGUAUUGUCCUGUGACUCCUUUGUGAAGAGUACCAUAUUCCCAGUUCCCUUGUUCAUGUGUGAGCCUGUCUCUUCAGAAAAUGUUAAAAAAUACCAAACCUUGAUGUUGCUCUUCUACUAUGACUAAUUGCUGUUGGCUUUCAAGUCCAUUUCAAGCAAGACAUAAAACCUUGCAUGUCUCUCUGUUUACAAGUUAGUUUCUGUAUAAUUGGACAUACACUUGGUGCUAUUUGUACGGUGUUAGAAAUUGUCUGCAAAAGUAGUUUCUAUCAGUGUACGAGUGUACUACGUACUGUUUUAAACUUUAAGAAAUGUAUUUGUGCAAAUCCUAAAUAGAAUGGAUUGUUCUAGGGGUAUUCAGGCAAAGAGCUUUGUCAUGUAAGGCCCCUGGAUAAGUGACAAGUAUUUGGGAUGCUUGGAAAUGCUGGAACUUGCUUAGAUUCUUGGGUACAGGGGACUUUUUUGGAAAGGGAAGGUUCCAAAUGCAUGAAUCCUUCUAGGUGAAAGCCAUUUGAAGCCCAAAGAGGGUGGAUUCUGAAAUUCAAGGAUUAGUCAAGUUACCCUAGUAAGGGGGCUGCUUUGUGUAGAGUCAGAAUUGUAUAGUUUUUGUGGAAAGGUCUCUGGGUUUUUUUCCUCCUCCAAUCCAGUCCCUUUAAGGUUGGGAAUUAGCCACCCACAGUUCUUAAUGGGAUUCUUUAGAUUCUGCCUGUAUUUUCUCUUGGGGAAAAAAAGUUAAAUGAUGGGACAUUGAAUUCUUGCAGAGGAUGUUAUUUUGGUAACCCACUUUUUAAGCAUCUUUAAGAAGAGGGAACACUUUCCUCUUCCUUUUCCUUCUUAAAGCUCAUGCUGGGUAUAGACUGAACACCUCAAGAGAGUUGGUGACUUGAAGGGUGGGUGGUGCUGUCAACCACACACCCCUAAAUGCUUAGUAUUAGUUUGUGAGCCUUUGAGUAUUUUCAGUACCAGAAUGUGUUCUUGCCAGACUGCCAGCUGGCUGCAAGGGGUACAGAAAGCUCUCUCUAACUAGAUCAGCCUGGCAACAGAUAAGAGAAUAGUUUAAAUGGAAUGAAAGUAUAUAUACAUAUAUUUUUAAUGGAAAUAUUUAGAGAUCUAUUGUACUCUGUGUAUGAAACAACAUUCUAAAUCUCCCCCCUCAAUAUAAUGCAUGUUGAAGAGUCUUUUGUGUAAAGAAUGAAACUCAAAUAAAUAAAUUGUGUUAGU